AUGUAAUAAAUUGAGAGGUGUCAAUUUUAUAAUGUGAAAAAGAAUCGACCCUGCAAUAUGGAGGUGUACAAACCUGGCGGCUAAUAUUGCGUAUUCCACGGGUAACAGGAAAUAGACUGGAUUGAAUGCCCAUUGGACCCGUCUCACAAAGUCAAAAAGGUUAAGAUGGACAAACAUCUCAAAAUCUGUAAUAAGAAGAAGUUGGAGGAGGAAUUGAAGUAGAAUCCUUUCUUCAAAGAGAAGAUCAAUCUUGAAGAGGAUGCUCAAUAGAAAAAAGUGAAAUUGCAAGCAAUCUCCAAGGAAUAGCUGGGUGAAUUAAUUGAAAUGAUACCUGAGGCCUUCAAAAAGGCUAUUGCCUUAUAUCAAGAAUAUUUGGGUAAAAUAGGAGAAUAAACAGAAAAUUGUUACUCUUACAUUUUAGAUGAAAAUAUAGAAGAGGCCCAAUAAAAGAUUUCAGACAAAGAAAAAGAUCUACAAUAAGUGGAAUUAUUGACCUAAAUAAUGGACCAAUAUAAUCUCAUCAAUAAAGAUAUGGCUUACAUUGAAUAUGGAGCUGGCAAAGGGAGGUUUUCACAUCAAAUUGCAGAGAAGCUUAAGGAAAAAGACAACUCUAUGGCUACUCAUGUUUUAAUUGAAAGGGAACCGAGGAAGUUAAAAUAUGACAGAUUUCAUAGAGAUAACAAAUUUUUCAUAAGGUGUAAGAUGGAUAUCAGGGAUUUUAAUUUAAAAAUUUUAGAGUAGCAAUUAAAAGAUCAAGGUUAUGAUAAGGAAAUUAAAUAUGUGGGAGUGUGUAAACACAUGUGUGGAGGUGCCACUGAUUUGACUCUUAAUUCACUAUUAACUUAAGAGAGAUUUCCUGUGGGAAUGACUAUAGCCACUUGUUGCCAUCAUUUGUGUGAUAAGAACACAUACAAAAAUUUGCCUUUUAUGAAUCAAAUCAAUGUGCCUGAACAUCUAAUUGAAUUGUUAUUUUAAACUAGUAGUUGGUAUGUGAGUGGGCCAAUAAAUUUAUAGAAGAAAAUCAAGAAUGAAGAGGAAAUCAACACAAAUCAAAGAAAGACUUUAGGGAAAAUGGCAAAAAGAAUCAUUGAUAUUGGCAGAGUAUUAUACGAAGUAUUGCGAAUAGUAAUUGUCACCUGA